AUGGGCGAGUGGACCAUUUUAGAGCGGCUGCUUGAGGCUGCUGUCCAGCAGCAUUCGACUAUGAUUGGCAGGAUCCUGCUGACAGUGGUGGUGAUUUUCCGCAUCCUAAUAGUUGGCAUAGUGGGUGAGAAAGUGUACGAGGAUGAGCAGAUCAUGUUCAUCUGCAACACCAUGCAGCCUGGCUGCAACCAGGCAUGCUAUGACAAGGCCUUCCCCAUCUCACACAUUCGCUACUGGGUUUUCCAGAUCAUCCUGGUGUGUACGCCUAGUCUGUGCUUCAUCACAUACUCUGUUCACCAGUCCGCCAAACAACGCGACCGCAGCUACUCCUUCCUGCAUCCUUACAUGGAUCACCACGGCCACGGUCACCACGGUCGUCAUCAUGACCACCAUGCCCGCAAGCUCCGCAAUAUCAAUGGUAUCUUGGUGCAGAACCCUGACAGCAGCAAGGAGGACCACGACUGUCUGGAAGUCAAGGAGAUUCCCAAUGCACCCCGGGGGCUCACACAUGCCAAGAGUGCAAAAGUUCGUCGGCAAGAAGGCAUCUCUCGCUUCUAUGUCAUCCAAGUGGUGUUCCGUAACGCACUUGAGAUUGGCUUCCUGGCUGGUCAGUACUUCCUGUAUGGCUUCAAUGUGCCGGGAAUGUUUGAGUGCGACCGUUACCCCUGUGUGAAGGAGGUGGAGUGUUACGUGUCUAGGCCGACAGAAAAAACUGUGUUUCUGGUCUUUAUGUUCGCAGUCAGUGGCAUUUGUGUGCUGCUUAACCUGGCCGAGCUCAACCACCUUGGCUGGAGGAAGAUAAAGACAGCCAUCCGCGGGGUGCAGGCUCGGAGGAAGUCCAUUUGUGAAGUGCGCAAGAAGGAUGUGUCACACCUGUCUCAGGCUCCCAACCUGGGCAGGACCCAGUCCAGCGAGUCAGCCUACGUCUGA